GGCCUGAGCGCCUUCCGCAUGCGGCUCCGCGACCCCGGGCGUCGCCUAGCAACCGGGCGGCGAAGGGCUCUGCAGCGCCGGCGCCGCCCGCGGGGAGACCCCGCCUUCGUGUGGCCCCGGAAGUGGCGUAAGUGCCAGGCCCCUCCCCAGCAGAGGCGGAAGUGGAGCCGCCCCGGGCCUCUCGCGUUCCCAGGGGACCUCAGCCCAGCGGAGCGCCUGGGCCCAUGGCCGCCUACUCCUACCGCCCGGGCCCCGGGGCCGGCCCAGCUGGAGGCGCGUCGCUGCCCGACCAGAGCUUCUUGUGGAACGUUUUCCAGAGGGUUGAUAAAGACAGGAGCGGGGUGAUAUCCGACAACGAGCUUCAGCAAGCACUAUCCAAUGGCACAUGGACUCCAUUUAAUCCAGUGACUGUCAGGUCAAUCAUAUCCAUGUUUGACCGAGAGAACAAGGCUGGCGUGAACUUCAGUGAGUUCACUGGCGUCUGGAAGUACAUCACAGACUGGCAGAACGUCUUCCGCACCUAUGACAGGGACAACUCUGGGAUGAUUGACAAGAAUGAGCUCAAGCAAGCACUCUCAGGUUUUGGGUACCGGCUCUCUGACCAGUUUCACGACAUCCUCAUUCGCAAGUUCGACAGACAAGGACGGGGGCAGAUCGCAUUUGAUGACUUCAUCCAGGGCUGCAUCGUCUUGCAGAGGUUGACCGAUAUAUUCAGGCGUUACGAUACGGAUCAGGACGGCUGGAUUCAGGUGUCAUAUGAACAAUAUCUGUCCAUGGUCUUCAGCAUCGUAUAGCACUGGCCUUUGCAAAUAGCAACGUGACUUACGGAAGGAAGACUAAAAAUGCCAAAUCUCCCUUUAAGGAAAUGGGACACAGAUGCAGCUAGAUACUGUUCUUCCUUUAGAUUUUAUAUAAUUAACAUUUGGGGAUGACCCUACUGUAUAUACGUGGAUAAGCUGAUAAGGUUUUUGCAAAUGUAACAAUAGUUAUAAUCAUUAUUCACAUACAGACAUUUGAUUUGAGACUGUUCAGUGGUGCCAUGAGGUAAGAUAUGAUAAUGUUUCAGGUAUCCUGCAUGCAAAAAAUUCAUCAUGUGCAUUUCUAGAUAGCUCCAGGUCUAUAGUGGAAAUACUUUUAUUAGCCAUUAGGAAUUUAAAGAUAAUACGGAACCUGCACAGAGGCUUUUAUGUGCCUUACAUUUUUUAAAAAGGGGUUUAUUGUAUUUGUUUGAAUAUGCAACAUAAGCAAUAAAGCAAAUGCACCCCCUGUCCCAGUCCGCGUCAGAUAUACUCACCUGGGAGCUCGCAGGGGUCCAGGACACCUUCUGGGGUGUCCACCUGAGUCUGCUUAUGGGAAAUCCAAGGAUACCGCCAUCCUUUGUGACAGGAGUUAGUUUAAAUUUCAUAAAAACUUCCUUGAACAUAUAAAUCCAGA